GGUGACACGUAUACACUUACUUGCAUUAUAAAAACAACCUACUUCGUCACAAUUCAUUGACACCUAACUCUCUCAAAUCCACGAACGCAUCGUCCAAUGCGCUUCUCCUCUUUUGUGUCGGUGGCCUCCGCCAUCGCUCUUGCGUCUUUGGCCUCAGCUGAGGACGCUGCCGAGUCUUCUGAUGUACUUAGCCUCACAAAGGACACCUUUAGUUCUGCCGUCAAUGCAGAACCCUUGAUUCUGGUCGAGUUCUUUGCUCCAUGGUGUGGCCACUGCAAAGCUCUUGCUCCCCACUACGAGGAAGCAGCCACGGCGCUCAAAGACAAGGACAUCAAGCUUGCCAAAGUCGACUGUGUCGACCAGGCGGACCUUUGCCAGACCCAUGGCGUCCAGGGUUACCCCACCCUGAAAGUCUUCCGCAACGGUGAAUCCACCGACUAUUCCGGUCCCCGAAAGGCAGACGGCAUCAUCAGCUACAUGCUCAAACAAUCUCUCCCUGCCGUUUCUGAUGUUACCGCCUCCAACCUCAAUGAAUUCCAAAACGCCGACAAGCUCGUCGUCCUUGCCUACGUCUCCUCCACCACAAAGGCCCCCGCACCCGAAUUCAGCGCAACGGCAGAAAAGCUCCGCGAGGAGUAUCUCUUCGGUAUCACCUCUGACGCUGCAGCUAUCGCAGCCGCAGGCGUCACUCCCCCCGCUAUCGUCGUCUACCGCAACUUUGACGAACACAUCACGGAGUACCCGAAUCCGCCAUCUGCAGUUACCAGCGCUGAGCUCGAAGCAUGGGUUCAACAGCUGGCUAUCCCUAUCUUUGGCGAAGUGAACGGAGAGACGUACGCCAUGUACGUUGAAAGCGGUAAACCCCUCGCAUACUUGUUCUUGGACCCUACAGAUGCGAAGAGCGACGAGGCGCUCGCUGCUCUCAAACCUGUUGCUGCCAAGUACCACGGCCAGAUCUACUUUGUCCAGAUAGAUGCGUCCAAGUUUGGGGAGCAUGCAAAGGCUUUGAACCUUGCUGAGCCCAAAUGGCCGAGUUUUGUCAUUCAGAAUCUGGACAGUCAGCUCAAGUAUCCGUAUGACCAGAGCAAGACUAUCGAGGCUGAGGCUGUGUCCGCUAUGCUUCUUCCUAAGCUCAAGAGCCAGCCGAUUCCUGCGACUCAGGAUGAGAGCGUGUUUACGCUCGUUGGUGACCAGUUCGAUGAGGUCGUGUAUGAUGACUCCAAGGAUGUGUUUGUUGAAUUCUAUGCUACGUGGUGCGGUCACUGCAAGCGUUUGAAGCCCAUUUGGGAUUCUCUCGGUGAUCACUUUGCUGAAGUGAAAGAUCAGUUGGUCGUUGCAAAGAUGGAGUCCACAGAAAACGAUCUCCCAGCUUCAGUACCCUUCCGCAUCAGCGGAUUCCCUACCAUUAUGUUCAAGGCCGCUGGAUCGCGGGAGUUCCUUGAAUAUAAUGGGGACCGGGAGUUGGAAUCUUUCGUUGCGUAUGUGGAGGAGCAUGCCAAGAACAGCUUAAAGCCUUCUGUCAAGACUCCUGAAAAUGACUCGCAGGCUACGUUUGAGGCACCGCGGGAGGCUCAUGAUGAACUGUAAUUUUUGCGUAGUGGUCUUGCCUCUAUCGAUAUCUUAUAUCUUCUUGCAUGCAUUCAAU